AGACACUGCUGUGUGUGUAUGCAAGCAAGCGAAGCCAACACUACGGAAAUGGAUUAUAAUUUUGGAUUGAAAGGAGAGAAAUAAACUGACGGUCAUCGUUUCGUGAAGAUAUAAAGAACUGUUUGUGAUAUUAUGGAAGAUGACAUCGUCAUGGGCUAAGCUAGUGUCCCAUACUUCAAAUCCAAGAUGCCUGUUGCCAGUUUUGUUUGCCCUCGUCUUCCUCUACAUUCUAAUUUACCUGCUGUGGGCUACACCAGUCAGCCAUGCGACCCGCAGACUGCACACAAAAUCAGUUGUGUCCCACACGUUCAAAGGUUCGGAUCUUUCCCCCCGCACAGAAUGGAGUAUGUCAGGGGUUGAUAAGAUAAUGCCUGAUGGGGAAGGGGUAUGGAUCGAUGGUAGGCAUAUUGAAGUCAUGUCGGCCAUCUUUAAUGUUCACUCGGCUGAGGACCGGCCCAAAGUGAUGCUGCCAUCCUUCUUAAAGCACUCCGUACCGAGAGACUUUGUCUGCUGCAUCCGUGAAUAUCCAGGAGCUAGUAAGGACCAUCAGACGCGGGCUGUUCUGGAGCACAUCGACUUAAGGUUCAUCGCGGACUAUCAGAGUUCCACAUUCUCCUGUCUACUGCCUGGGGACAGUGGCAAAAUUUUUGACAGCUCCCAGCCUCCCAAAUAUGAACUGAUCACCUUUGCCCCUGAAUCAUGUGGAGCUAAUGAGACGAAUCCUAUGCGGAUUGUUUACCCUGUGCGACGGAAAUUUGAGUUUGCUGUUUGUACGAAGGUAGCAUAUGCUCGACUGGAGCCGGUUCAUCUGGUGGAGUGGUUUGAGUACAUGCAGGAGGUGGGGAUGAGUAAAGUGGUCACGUUCCACAACAGUCUUCAGCAUGACACGCGGCGGGUCUUUGACCACUACGUGUCCACCGGGCUGCUGGAGCUCAUAGAAUACUACCCCCGCAGCAAGAGUGUCGUAUUCACAGAGGCCAAUGGCCAGUCAAGGCAGGCCAGACACGACAAAACUCUGACCGUGACGGACUGCCAGUACCGACUGGGUGGCUACGACUUUGUCCUCACCAUUGACUUUGAUGAGCUGCCAGUCCCACAGCGACCGUAUGGCACUAUUAACUGGGUCCUACAGGACUUCCUUCGCAACAACUCUGACGCCAGUGCAUUCCGCAUGACGCCCAUCCUGCUCCCGCCCGAUUGGCGGUCGGAUGAGGUCGACUUGUACCACUGGACCUUGCACAAGGGCAGCUACAUCGGCCAGUACUGUAUCAAGUGGGCAUAUGUGCCGGCCCGUACCAAGCAGGCUGCCACGCAUGAACAUCUGCCAAAAGACCCGUAUAAGCCCUACUCGUUGCCUCAGGAAAUGCUGCACUUCCUCCAUUUCCGCGAGUGCAAGCGGUCGUGGCUUGACGUGCAGUGCGCCUCUCUCAAACCCUCCAUCCUAAACGAGACGAGCCUCGCGCGCUUCAACGGCCGCGUCAGACACCGGCUGCAGCAGAUCCCGCUGCAAGGUCUCGUCCGCGACUCCUCUUACGUCCAGAUGGUCCAGUCGCCACCGCGAAAGGGAGAUAAGAGAAAGUCAGCCUGAGUAUAUUUGUCUCAUAAAGCAGUGGAAUUCUCCUUCAUUAUUUUUAUCAUUGUUAUGACUCAAUGGACCUGGUCUUUUUUCUGUUGUUGCUUUGAGAGAGCUUUGGGUGCCUAGCUGAGUCACCAUUAUGUCUUGAGCAGAAGAGUUACUUUUCCUUUUCCUUUUUUCAUCCUCUGUUUCUGUUAGGCAUCGAGGGAAGAUGCAGUUUUCUGCCAUAGGCCUGAAAUUUUGUAACACAGAAGAGUAAAUUUCAAAAAUUGAAUUUCAAGUACACGAAACAAAACACUGGUAUAUUUUUGUGGACACGAGGCAGGUGACAGGCAAUUUUAUUAUAGCAAUGACUAGAAACGUAACAGAAAUGAUUUAAUCUAGUGUGGGAUGGCUGUAUCCAUGUAAGUCACUUCAUCUUCAUUGCUACUGUUCUUCUCGUUCUUCUUCUUAUCGUUAUCGUUAUUUUCAUUGCUCUCACUCUGAUUUUUAUUAUUGUUUGUCUUUUUCUUCGUUCUCCUCUUCCUCCUCCUCUCCUUUUUUGUCAUUUAUACUGCUGUUUAUGCUAUUAUUAUUGCUUUCUGCUUUCAUAUUUACUAGUAAUCAACUGCUUAUUCCAUUUAUUAAUGCUGUUGUGGCAUUAUUAGCUUGACUUUUAUUGUCUUACAAUAAUAUUAUAUUAUCAUCUUGCUCAUCAUCGUAAUCAUCCUUCACCUUGUCCUUGUCUUCAUUUUUCAUCUACCUCUACUUUUUCUUACUUUUUCUUGUCAAUUAUGAUGAUGAUAAUGAUGGUGAUGACAACUAAUAUUUCUAUCAUCAUCUUCAUCAUCAUCUUCAUCAUCAACAUCAUCAUCAUCAUCAUCAUCAUCAUCAUCAUCAUCAUCAUCAUCAUCGUCAUCAUCAUCAUCCUCCUGUUGUUAUUAUUGUUGUUGUUGUUAUUCUAAAUCUGUAUUAUGAUGAUUGUCAAACCAAAUCCAAUGAGAGAUUUUUUAAGUGCUCUCUGUGCAAAUGGGUUGUCCCCAGUAAUAUGACGGUGUUAAAAGGCGUAAAAAAUGUAUAUUUUUCAAAGUGUUAAAGGCGUAAAAGAUGUAUAUUUAUCGAACAGAGAGAUGGAAA